AACAAAAAUUUUUAUUAUCUACGAAAACACAGAUAAUUUGAGAGGAACGUGGCGGAGUUUAAGGAACGAAGGAACCAUAUGUGCGAGUAGUCGUUUCCUGACCGAAACCAUACAGUGACGCACCUCAACUUACUUCCUGUUUACAAGUCAAUCUGACAGCCAUUCAUUUUUAAAACCGAACUCAAAUCCGGUUUCUUUCAUGCAGCAUCGAAAACAUUUAAAGUCAUGAUUCCUUACACUGUAAACAUUAAACUCGCUGCACGGACUCUCACCGGGACUCUCAAUCUGCAGAACAAAACUGCAGUGGACUGGGGUUGGCAGGGUUUGAUUGCUCAGGGAUGCCACUCCAGCAUCCUCGUUAUCGACCCAAACACCGCUCAGACCAUUCAGGUCCUGGAGAGACACAAAGCCAAUGUUGUCAAGGUGAAAUGGUCCAGGGAGAACUACCACCACAACCUAAGCUCACCGUACUCCCUGCGCCUGGCCUCGGCUGAUGCCGCAGGCAAAAUCAUUGUGUGGGACGUGGUGAGCGGCAUGGCACAUUGCGAGAUUCAGGAACAUUCCAAACCCAUCCAGGGUAAGACGGCCGAGGCAGUAACACUGAACGACUGUCUCCAGUUGUCCUACAUGCCCUCGAAGAAGAGUCACAUGUUGCUGCUGUACCCCAGAGAGAUUCUCAUCCUGGACCUGGAGCUCAGCCAGACGGUCGGAGUCGUGGCCAUCGAGCGUUCCGGCGUGCCCUUCAUACAGGUGAUUCCUUGUGCUCAGAGGGACGCUCUUUACUGCCUGCACGAGAACGGCUGCAUCACGCUGCGUGUCUGCCGAUCUACUGCUCUAUCAGCGGAGGAACCAGUGGCGUCUGAGAUGGAGCAGGGAGUGCAGGAGCUGUCUUAUGAUCUGCGCUCUCAGUGCGACGCCAUUCGAGUGACCAAAACGGUGCGUCCGUACCGCGCGGUGAUCUGCCCCGUCAACGAGAACAGAGCCGCCCUGGUGGUGAGCGAUGGGCGCAUCAUGCUCUGGGAGCUCAAAGCUCACGUCGGGAAAGCAUCCAACCCUGGUUCAGGUUUGUCCCCGCUCUACUCCCCAGUUCAUUUUUGUGGGACUCCGUUGGGUCAGAACCAGAAACGAAUCCCAGACCUCUCCCUCAACACUAUGAUCGGUCCCACUCUGAUCUCGGGUGUUGAUCCCCCAUCCACAGUGGGGCAGCAGGAGGUGCAGCUGAAGUUCCUACUGACAGGGUUGUUGUCUGGUUUGCCUCUGCCUCCCUUCUCGCUGCGCAUGUGUCCUCCGUUAACCACUAAAAAUAUUCAACAUUACCAGCCGCUGCUGGCUGUGGGUUCGAGUAAUGGCUCGGUGCUGGUGUAUAACCUGACGAGUGGUCUCCUGCACAAAGAGCUCAGCGUGCAUUCAUGUGAAGUCAGAGGGAUCGAGUGGGUUAGUCUGACCAGCUUCCUGUCCUUUGCCACCUCUGCAAUCAAUAACAUGGGACUUGUGAGGAAUGAACUUCAGCAUGUGGACUUACGCACAGGCAGGUGCUUUGCAUUCCGGGGCGAGCGUGGCAAUGAUGAGCCAGCCAUCGAAAUGAUUAAAGUGUCGCAUCUAAAGCAGUAUCUGGUGGUUGUGUUUAGAGACAAACCCCUGGAACUCUGGGACGUGCGAACCGGAACCUUGCUGCGUGAGAUGGCCAAGAACUUCCCCUUAGUUACUGCUCUGGAGUGGUCUCCAUCGCACAACCUGAAAAGUCUGAAGAAGAAGCAGAUGGCGGCGCGAGAGGCCAUGGCCAGACAGACCACGCUGUCGGAUGCCGAGCAGACCAGUGUGGAGUCCUCCGCCAUCAGUCUGUUGCAGGAUGCCGAGAGCAAGGCUGAGACGAGUCAGGGCAUCUCGGCCCGCGAGCACUUCGUGUUCACAGACGUAGACGGCCAGGUCUUCCACAUCACUGUAGAGGGGAACACUGUGAAGGAAGGAGCGCGCAUCCCUCCCGAUGGGAGUAUGGGCAGCAUCGCCUGCAUCGCGUGGAAGGGAGACACACUGGUGCUGGGAGAUGUGGACGGCAACCUGAAUUUCUGGGAUCUGAAAGCUCGUCUGUCUCGGGGUAUUCCCACACACCGUGGAUGGGUCAAGAAGAUCCGUUUUGCUCCUGGAAAGGGCAACCAAAAGCUCCUGGUGAUGUACACUGACGGAGCUGAGGUGUGGGACACCAAAGAGGUGCAGAUGGUGAGCAGUAUCAGAGCGGGACGCAACGUCAGCUACCGUAUCCUAGACAUCGAUUGGUGUACAUCAGAUAAGGUGGUUCUGGCCUCAGAUGAUGGUUGCGUCCGAGUUUUGGAGAUGGCCAUGAAGUCUGCAAGCUAUAGGAUGGAUGAGCAAGACCUAACAGAUCCAGUGUGGUGUCCGUACCUGCUGCUCCCACGUGCCGCUCUCACCCUGAAGGCGUUCCUCCUGCUGCAGCCCUGGUCUGGAACCUUCACCAUGGACAUCACUCAAGUUGACUACCAAGAGAAGGACGAAAUCAAAGGCUUGGUGCAAGAACAGCUGAACUCCUUGUCCAAUGACACCAAAAACGUUUUCCAGGACCCAGAGCUCAAUCUGCUCCAACGCUGCCUCCUAGUGUCCCGGCUGUUUGGUGAUGAGUCAGACCUGCAGUUUUGGAACGUAGCGGCGCAUUACAUCAAGUCUUUCGCCCAGGCACGACAGCUGAGCGUGCCCACACCUGAUGGGCAAACACAGCCAGAAAGCUCCCUGAGUACCAACCAGUGCCAUCUGGAUAUCUGCCAUGAUAUCCUGUGUGAAAGCUCCUUCUUUCAGAGAUUCCAGUUAGAAAGAGUUCAUCUGCAGGAGGUGAAGAGGUCCAGCUAUGAACACACCAAAAAAUGUGCAGAUCAGCUACUUCUUCUGGGACAGACGGACCGCGCGGUGCAGCUGCUGCUGGAGACGAGUGCUGAGAACCCGAGCUACUACUGCGACUCGCUUAAAGCCUGCUUAGUGACAACUAUUCCUUCCUCUGGACCUUCUCAGAGCACCAUUAAACUGGUAGCCACCAAUAUGAUCGCCAGUGGAAAGCUAGCAGAGGGCGUGCAGUUGCUGUGUUUGAUUGACAAGGCAGCAGACGCCUGUCGUUAUCUGCAGACAUACGGAAAGUGGAACCGCGCCGCCUGGCUGGCAAAGGUGCGUCUGAACCCGACCGAAGCCUCAGACGUGCUGAAACGCUGGGCCGAGUACCUCUGCUCUCCUCAGGUCAAUCAGAAGUCCAAAGCGAUCCUGGUGCUUCUCUCACUGGGCUGCUUCCAGAAAGUGGGCGAGAUGCUCCACAGUAUGAGGUAUAUGGACCGAGCGGCGCUCUUCAUCGAAGCCUGUCUGAAAUACGGAGUGAUGGAAGCAAACGACACGACUAAUAAACUUAUAGGGGCGGCGUUUUCCUCCUACGCCAGCCUUCUCCACUCAGUGGGACUGCGACAGGGAGCUGCUCUGUGGGCCUCGAAGGCUGGAGGAGCUGGAGAGGAGCUUUUGGAGGAGCUGUUCAAGAACAAAGGAUCCGGCUCUGAUCUCACAGCCGGCAUUGAGGAGAAGAAGAUCAGCCCAGGCGUCACUGAAUCACUUUAAAGUAGAGAGAGGGAGAAAAGGAGUUCGGGUUUAGUGGAGGUUUAGUGUAUAAAUGUGUGUGUGUGUGUGUGUGUGUGUGUGUGUGUGUGUGUGUGUGUGUGUGUGUGUGUGUGUGAGAAAGCUUGCACUUUGGUGUUCUUUGUUCUCUUUCCAUUAAGUGCUCAUGUUUCUCUCAACCUCGUCUCUGAAAAAAAGCAUCGUAAUCAAUAACUUGCACUUUUUAUUUUUUGACCAAACAAUUCAUUAGAAUGGAACAAUAAAUAAAUGGGGUAUAAAUGAUAUAAAUAAAGUUUGAUUAAUGUUUGUGGGAAUAAAAUUAAUUGAUGAACUGGUUGAUGAUGUAAAAUAAAAGAUAAAGCAAAAAGGGUGCAGUAUUCAGUGUUUCCAACAAAUGCAAAUGUUUCCAUUUAUCACUUAUAUUAUAGCAGUUAUUAAGACUGAAAAUGUACAAAUGAUUCGCAGUGUUUAGUGUUUUUUUGUAGGACCACUGACACUAUAUUAGUUUAGUUUUGUUUAUAUGUGUUUGUGUAUUGAGGAAGAGCAGCUGAGCUUCUUUUAGCAUGUAACAAAACUCUUUCAUUCCACAGACGAAACCAAACACAUGCGAGAGCACAGAGCGACUCCACAGCACUGAUUACAACUUCAACUCUCGUGGUUUUUUUUUGUUUAAUUGCAGCAGGUUAAAUGUCUAAUCAUGAGCACAAUAAGAAACUGUUCAUCAAUCAUUAAUGCUGCUCCCAGAGCCACACUUUUCCAGAAAAGAAAUCACUUCCUGAUUUGGGAAUUCCGCCGCCUCGUGGUGUUUUAGAAGAUGCUUCUCUAAAGAGCGAUGAAUGAAGAAAUGUUGGAUUUUAUUUGUAUUUUUUUAUAUAUAAGAAGAGAUGUAUGGAAUACAGAAUGAAAGAUUUAAGCAUUUAGAAUCAGUUCUAGAGCUACUGAAUAUAGAAAAGUCGGGGAUUAAAUGGCGGAAAAAGUAAAGAAAGAAUAAAAAAAAUAAUAAUUGAAAAAGGAAACUCAACAUAAACAUGAGAACUGUGUGAUUUGGGAUUUUGUCAAUGCUGUAUCUGUGUAUUAUCUGUAUUUGUGCGAUUUUUUCCCCAAAUAGUUUUUCGGGGUUGUUCUGUGAAUAAACACAUCCCUGUGCUGUUCUUUAUACGUGAUCCAGAAACAUUCAUUCCUGCCUGCUUUUUAAUUUGUUUUUUUCAAAGCAAAUAUAACGACUGAUUAUUGUAAUAUCUGAUGUAGAAUAAUCCUGAAUUUGUGGUGUUUCCUGGUAAACAGUGGCAUGUGGUUUCACUAUGAUUUUGUGUACAUGUCUGUAUAGGAAAUGCAAUAAAAGUCUAUAAGGUUUAA